CGACCAGUUUUGCGUGUUUUGACACUGACAUUUACGAUCAUCUGUCGAACAUUUGCUGAUUGAAAUUACAGACACGUAUUGUUUAAAUUUAUUGUUACUAUUUCAUUGUGUUACGUGCUUAACAACAUCUAAGUGCUCCUCCACAUAUUAUCAAGUGACCAAAAAAUUUGCCUCAAGUAAUAACCUUAAACACUUUCGAAGUGAAAGUUUUAUAAGUUUUUUGUUGUUUAAUUUGAUAUCCGGGAAGAUUUCUCAUCUCACAAUUACGUGGACGUAACAUUAUUUAUUUAGUCUUCAAUAUGGUGAAGUGUAAGGAAUGUGGCUGUAAUUGUAAAAGAUGUUUGGCUCACGACCAUGACGUACAUUUACACGUCGAAAUAGAAAAUCUCAAACAAAAGUUAGUGGAGCGAGAAAAUCACAUUGUUACAAUGGAGACUAAUUUUUUAAACGAGGCUAAUAAGUACCCCAGUGGCGAGUUGGUGGCCCUUAGGGAGGAGCUACUGACAUGGCAGGAUAAGUACAGGAGGUUGUAUGAUGCUCACAGACGAGUCCAAAGAGUAAACCAAGGUCUAGAAGAUAAGCUGUUGAAAUUAGUAGAUGUGUGUGAGACUGAGAAAAGUACGUUAACUAAACAUGUAGCUACUUUAUCCCAGAAACUAGCAGAGGCUAAUCAUACCAUUAAGAAAUUAACAGAAGAUAAUGAAAGAUAUAAAAAUGAUGUUUCUUUAGCAAUACAAUUUCUUCAAUGCAAACAGAGUAAUUUUGUAACGCGUAAAUUUGAUUCAUUACCCCAUGAAGUACAAGUGCAAGUGUCUUCACAUAUGACAAAUAAGCGAAAACCCGAAGAAAAAAAAGUUUCUUAUGAAAUGAAAAGUAUAAAAGUGCCGAUCCCGACAUUUCCGCCAACAGCAAUGGUCUAUUCAGUUCCUAAGUCUCCAAAACCUGAUAGAAAACUAGAACUAGAGUCAGAGUCACCUCCUGUAGAUCUAGUAUCCGCUGCAAUAAUGGCAAAAGUCCUUGAAGAGCGCCAAAAGGAGAAAGCUUACGCGAAACAUUGUGAUACCUGUACUUGUUCAAAAAAACUGUCUCUAGUUUGCGACAUAGCCCAGUACACUGUUGGCACCCAAACCGGCGAAUACAAAAGCUCACUGUGUCUUAGAUGUAACGAGAAUCUUCCACAAAGCCCCCAAAAAAUGCGCAUUGUAAAGCACGACCCGUCGAACAAAAAGGUACCAAUUUACCCCAACGAAUCCACCGAAAUUUCCGGAAACAACAUCGUCAAAGUGCAACCAAAUAACUUCCUGAUUGACGAAACGCCCAACAGUUUGCUGUCCCAACCUGAUAUCAAUUUUUUUAGUAUAAACGAAGCUCCUCGUGUUAGAAACAAGUCCCCGAAGCUGGGGAUCAAAGUCGAGCACCACCACCUGUGCAACAAGACAUCGCCCACUUACGAACCCUCGGACACAAGUGCCAAAAACGGGUCUUCCGACAACCUCAAAGGCCCCAGAUACUGUUCAAUGCGUUUACAGAGCGGUUCUAGGAACAUACUUUUAGACAACGCUCACAAUAACGUAGCUCCAGUUUUGUAUAAACAGCACAAAGUUAAACGAGAGGAAACUCCAACCAUUCAUGAAACGUCGCACACGGAGUCUUGCUCAAGCGAAGAUUUGAAAAACAUGUCCGUAACUAGCGACCAUUCGGGUCAUAAUCAACAAGUCGCAGACUGGAUACGAAACAAUCUGGAAAAUGAUAUAAGUAGUUCGGAAAAUUCGCAGUCUGAGCCGCUCAUUCAUGGAAAACGGGGCAAUUUGAGAGGAGUUGAUCAAAUCAAGUACGCCGAGAUGGAGGAAAAUGUUAAGCGGUUUUUAUUUGGAGAGAGCGAGUUUUUGAAAACUGUGGAAAUCGGGAAGUUGAAGUAUCAGAGUUACAGGGAGAAGGAUGGGGGGAAUGGAAAUGAAAGUAAUAGUUCUAGGAGUAAUUCGCAUACGGAAACCGAGAUUUAAUAAUUUUAUGGUUUUUUAAUGUAUGUUUUUUACACAAAGUGCAAUCAAUAGUAGAAUUUAUUUUUAUGUAGUGGUAGGAUCCAGAGUGUGAGGUGAGUCAAGGGCACAAAGUGUGCUUUCACUCUUGAAACUUUGCAAAUAUUAAAAUACUGACCACUAAAAUUUUCACGACUUGGAGAAAAAAAAUUUAAAUUGGCGUUUAGUUAGAUAGACUUUUUUCAAAGACUGUUUAACUUUCUAUAAGAAUUUUUUGUCUUGUAUCUUCAAUAUUUUCUCACCGUUUUGGGAAAUAUGAGGCUGUGCGAAAAUUGAUUUGAUUUAAUUUCUUUGUGAGUGAAGAGUUUGUGUUAGAACUGAAUCCUACUGAAAAAAUUUGGCCCAAAAAAUUAUUUUCUCGAAAAAAAACUGGCGAUAUUUAUUGAACUAUCUGCCUUUAAAACCCAGAUGAGUUAAGAACACUAGAUAUUCUAGUUUCUGCUUCGGCUACAAUUUUUUUUUUCGCAGAAUAUCUGGAAAAACAUCAGCCAGUGGCUAGCUAUUAUCGUUUAUGGUUAAAAUGAGACGGUAUCUAAUUGCCUUUGAAACCCUAAAUUUUGUUCUUUGAUCAAUGAAAGCGUCUUGGCUUUUUUUUUGGUUCUGUUUGUAAGAAUUUCACACCUAAUAUCAUAAAGUGAGAACGUUCAUUUAUCUAUUACUAUUAAUCAUUUCAUCGGGUUUUCAAUAACUGAUAUAAAAAACUACUUCUUUAUUUCUUCAAAAUAUUUUUUUAUCGCAUUUUUUCGGAUUUUAUUCGGUUUAAUUUAUUUUGGCUUUUAGUCUGUUUGCUAUCCUUAGGUGAACGAUAACUUCUCAAUUAUGUCGUGCUAUAAAAAUAAUAAUAUUUAAUAAUAAUUCUUACACGUUUUACACAAGUUAUUAUAGUCUCAUAUUUAAAAGAAAUUAAAAUUACAUUUAAGAAACUCAUUCAAGCUCUACAAGCAGUAAUAUUACUUUUAAUCUUGUUUUUUAAUAACUUGCGUUGCAAUUUAAUAAUGUAGGAGUAUUAGUUAUUAUUUUUUCUCAAAGUGAGUAGUUUAGGUAAAGAACGCUUGGUUUCACACUUUUUACAAUCACGUCAAUGAUAAUAAAAUUUUCUUGACAGUCGCGCUAAAAUAAAGGGGGGAAUACGGAAUUAUACUUGAUAAAAAUAGUGAUCGUGUAUUGUAUUUUAAAAUUUUUAACUUUGAGGGACUUGUUUAUGUAAAAAAUAAAAAUGUAGCUAAUUUUGACGAGUUCUAUUUGUGGCUAAGGACACAACUUUUAGAAAAUUGAAGCUCGAUAUACAAAAUUUUUAUUUCACUAAUUUUUUAAACUUUUCUAUGGUAUUGAAUCAUUUAAUACGCUGUAGAUUUUUGCGCUUGACUCAUUUCAUACUUUGGAACUUGCUGUAAUUAUGCGAAUGUGAUUCAAAAAGGUCUAAAUGAAAUAUUGUGGCGAAAACUAGGGGAACAUCUGUAAUAUCACAAGUAGCAUUAAAUAGUAAAACUAGCAUUGAAGAAUGGAACAAAUUAAGAUGAAAGCAAUGCCAGUAUCAGAAUUAUUUGCAAAUAGACAAAAAAUUAGUACAAAUAGUUAUUAGUUCUACUAAAAUUAUUAGCACGUCUUUAAACAAAGGUUCCUGGCGAUAUGUGUCGGAGUGUUUACAGCAGAACCCAAUUUAUCCGUGUAAUUCGGAAACACACAUAUCAUGCAAAGUGUGAUGGAAACAAAAAAGGCAAAAUUAUGGAUAAACGGGGUUCUAUUUAACGUGCAAUUUUUCAUACCUGGUUUGUGUGAAAAGGCAAGGCUAGAGCAACACUUAAAUGUUGGUAUAAUUGCUCGAUUAAAAUAUUUUCUGAACAAUGGCUUCAUAUAACGUUUUUAAUUAGUUCUUAAAAGUGUCAUUCCUUUUUUACGAGCUACAAAUCAGUGUAUUUAUUAGCAUUGUUGUAACACAUAAUGUUACCACACCCCGAUAUGGAGUGAGAAUCAACUUGUUUUAUUAAUUCGAAACAAUAGUGUUUUGAUGUAAUUAGGUACAAUCGAAUUAACUUGAGGCGACCUUAAUCAAAAGUAAAUUUUUUCGGUUCACAUCCAGGUUUUCACGUUGUGAUCAGUGCUAGUUGCCAAAUUUUCUAGUUUUCUAGCGGAAAUCUGAAUGUACCAAACUUUUCUAUCCGUUUUUACUUUGUUAUAAUCAAUAUGAUAAGCUGUGAUUUUUAAUAGAUGUGAGAUUUUAGGUAGAAUAGGGAAACUCCUGUCACGUCUCAUGAGUUACCUGACCAACGCUUUAUUUAUUUUGUUCGUUUAUCUGUGAGAUUUGAGUGUUUGAGAUUUUUGUCACAAAUAAAUAAUUUAACGAGGAUGACAUGAAACUCUUACAAUUAUUACAAUUGUUUCGCUUCCAUGUCAUUCUUAGUCUAGUGAAUUUAAUGUAUAAAAUAUAUCCAGUUAGUCUGACUAGUGAACAUAGCUCUAGUGUAAAUAAAUACAAAUAUUUAUCCAUAA